AAUUAUCUGUUCCGCCGCGCAUUUUCCCGCUCGUCUCCUCAUUCGUAGUUUCUGCAACGAGAAAUGGCGGAUCAACUGACCGAUGAUCAGAUCACCGAGUUCAAGGAAGCCUUCAGCCUCUUCGACAAGGACGGCGAUGGUUGCAUCACAACAAAGGAGCUUGGGACUGUGAUGAGAUCACUUGGGCAGAAUCCCACUGAAGCUGAGCUCCAGGAUAUGAUAAACGAAGUUGAUGCUGACGGAAAUGGAACUAUUGACUUUCCUGAGUUCCUAAAUCUGAUGGCUAGGAAGAUGAAGGACACUGACUCAGAGGAGGAGUUGAAAGAGGCAUUCAGAGUGUUUGAUAAGGAUCAGAAUGGUUUCAUCUCUGCUGCCGAGCUUCGUCACGUGAUGACCAAUCUUGGGGAGAAGCUAACGGACGAAGAGGUGGAUGAGAUGAUACGGGAGGCAGACGUUGACGGAGAUGGUCAGAUUAACUACGAGGAGUUUGUCAAGGUUAUGAUGGCCAAGUGAUCAUGGUGAGGGUUUGAUGAAUAGGGUCAGAAGCAGCUUAGUAUAAUUAUGAAGAAUGCUUUGCCACUAUUACUUAUCAUUUUCCCUUUUGUUUUGUAUUUUUUCUUUGUUAUUUUUUUUGGAUGGUGGUUUAAGACCUGGACUUGAGCGAAUGUAAUUUCUAUGUUCUUCUGACUCAUGUAUCUAAGGUUUGUUUUCUUUCUGGGAGAAUCUAGUUUAAGUUGCCUUUAUAUAUAUGAGUACUUCGUAUCAAUUUAUCAAAUUAAAAUCACUUCCAAUUCUCUCAAGUGCAACGUGCCUAAUGUAUCACGAAGUAUAUUGGUAGAUUUCUGAUGGUCUUGAGCAGUUACUCUCCUGAUUUAAAUGUCUUCGUGGAUUAGAUUCUAAUCUCUGAAGUAAUAUAAGCUUCAUUAGUAAAUUUUACUUACCCCAACUGUUGAUAGAGCAAGUAGUUUUUUAUUUUAUCCAUUUG